UCAAGCAGCUUGUGGUAGAUCUUUCCUUUCAUGACUUCUGGCGUUAUGUCUUUAUUUUUCUCUUCUGUGUCAACACUUCUGCACCAACCUGUGAGCGGGCACCUUUCUCAGCCCUGUUCUACAGACAUUCACUGAAGAUUUCCUGCCUCAGGACUGCUCAGCCUUUACAUCUCCCCAGAGGCCACUCCUGCCUCCUUUAUAUCCAGAUUGGGGAACUGUAUUUCAAGAAUCUUUCCAAACAGAAACAAAUCAUGGAGAAGAAUGGGAACAAACGAAAACUUCGGAUUUGCGUUGCUACUUGCAACCGAGCUGAUUAUUCAAAAUUAGCUCCUAUUAUGUUUGGCAUUAAGGCGGAACCACAGUUCUUUGAACUUGAUGUAGUGGUGCUUGGCUCCCAUCUGAUUGAUGACUAUGGUAACACCUACCGUAUGAUUGAACAAGACGACUUUGACAUUCACACGAGGUUGCACACCAUAGUGAGAGGCGAGGACGAGGCAGCCAUGGUGGAGUCGGUAGGCCUUGCAUUAGUAAAGCUACCAGAUGUCCUCAGCCGUCUGAAACCUGACAUAGUGAUUGUUCAUGGGGACAGAUUUGAUGCUCUGGCACUGGCCACAUCUGCAGCCUUGAUGAAUAUUCGGAUUCUUCAUAUUGAAGGCGGGGAAGUCAGUGGGACCAUAGAUGACUCAAUCAGACAUGCCAUAACCAAACUGGCUCAUUUCCAUGUGUGUUGCACAAGAAGUGCAGAGCAGCAUUUGAUAUCCAUGUGUGAAGACCAUGAUCGCAUCCUCUUGGCUGGCUGUCCCUCAUAUGACAAGCUUCUCUCCUCCAAAAACAAAGACUACAUGAGUAUUAUACGUAUGUGGAUAGGUGAAGAUGUAAAACCAAGAGAUUAUAUAGUUGCUCUGCAGCACCCUGUGACCACGGAUAUUAAACAUUCCAUAAAGAUGUUUGAACUAACGUUGGAUGCACUCAUCUCCUUUAACAAAAGGACACUAGUUCUGUUCCCAAACAUUGAUGCAGGAAGCAAAGAGAUGGUUCGGGUGAUGAGGAAGAAGGGCAUUGAGCAUCAUCCCGAUUUUCGAGCAGUAAAGCAUGUUCCGUUUGAGCAGUUCAUCCAGUUAGUGGCACAUGCUGGCUGUGUGAUUGGUAACAGCAGCUGUGGUGUUCGAGAGGUGGGAGCGUUUGGAACCCCUGUCAUCAACCUGGGAACACGUCAAAUAGGAAGAGAAACAGGCGAAAAUGUUCUUCAUGUUCGUGAUGCUGACACGCAAGACAAAAUACUACAAGCUUUGCAUCUUCAAUUUGGAAAACAGUAUCCUUGCUCAAAAAUAUACGGGGAUGGUAAUGCUGUCCCAAGAAUUCUGAAGUUCCUCAAAUCUAUUGACCUCAAAGAGCCACUGCAGAAGAAGUUCUGCUUCCCUCCUGUAAAGGAGAACAUCUCACAAGAUAUUGACCAUAUCCUAGAAACCCAGAGUGCCUUGGCUGUGGAUCUAGGUGGAACAAAUCUCCGAGUAGCGAUAGUCAGUAUGAAGGGUGAAAUAGUGAAGAAAUAUACCCAGCUCAACCCUAAAACCUAUGAAGACAGAAUAGGAUUGAUUCUCAAGAUGUGUAUGGAGGCUGCAUCAGAAGCUGUAAAUCUGAACUGCAGAAUUUUGGGAGUGGGUAUUUCUACAGGUGGACGGGUGAAUCCCCGAGAAGGAAUCGUGCUUCAUUCCACAAAGCUCAUUCAGGAGUGGAGUUCUGUUGAUCUGAGGACCCCGAUAUCUGACGCUCUGCACUUGCCAGUCUGGGUGGACAAUGAUGGCAACUGUGCUGCUCUGGCAGAGAGGAAAUUUGGGCAUGGAAAAGGAGUGGAAAGUUUUGUAACACUAAUCACUGGUACAGGAAUUGGAGGUGGAAUCAUUCAUCAACAUGAAUUGAUCCAUGGAAGUUCCUUUUGUGCUGCUGAACUCGGACACAUUGUGGUGUCUCUAGAAGGACCAGAGUGCCUGUGUGGUAGCCAUGGAUGUAUAGAAGCAUAUGCCUCUGGAAUAGCCUUGCAGAGAGAAGCUAAAAAACUGCAUGAUGAGGAUCUGUUGUUAGUGGGCGGAAUGUCAGUGAAGACAGAAGAGACCAUUAGUGCUGUGCAUCUCAUUCAGGCAGCUAAACUCGGGAAUGCAAAGGCUGACAGCAUUCUCAGAACAGCUGGGACAGCUCUAGGCCUUGGAGUAGUGAAUAUCCUGCACACCAUGAACCCCUCUCUCGUGAUCCUUUCUGGAGUUUUAGCAGGCCAUUACGUUAACGUCGUCAAAGAUGUGAUCCGUCGGCAGGCUUUGUUCUCUGCUGAGACAGUGGAUGUAGUUGUCUCAAAUCUGGCGGACCCUGCUCUGCUUGGAGCUGCUAGCCUGGUGCUAGAUUACAGUACACGCCGAAUAUACUAGGUACUUGGGGAAGUUACGGAAAUGGACAGUCUAGCUGUAUAACUGGUUGAGGGGUGGGAGGAGGGGAGAAAUACUGUGCCCAAAGUAUUUCUUGCUGACCAUCAGCUUUAUCUUCUGUAGUAAAACAGACUAGUGUUUUAGGGAGUUAGUUCCUGCUUCAGUAUUUCCUUAUUGUAGUAAUACCUCUUUGUAUUUUUUUCUACCUUUUAGCCAAGUUCGGAAGAAAUAAUGUGCAUUUCCAUUUUUUGGUCAUCUCUGAAGCUUGGGAGCUCAAGUGUUGCUUAAGCGAUGCUAGACUUAUCCAUAAGCACAUUCCAGUGUUCUCCUGGGAUAUAUUUGGUGAGGUGUGCCAAGUUCUAGACAACACUUGGGAACCUUGGUUCUGUCUCGUAACUAUGUGAAACUAGAAAAGCCUGCAGACAAGCACUGGUUUGGUCUGACUCAGCUUUGAAUUUCCUCGCCCUCACGCACAAGUGGAUGUGCUGCAAUCCUAACCCAUAGGGUGUUAGGGUGACCGGAUGUCCCGAUUUUAUAGGGACAGUCCUGAUUUUUGGGUCUUUUUCUUAUAUAGGCUUCUAUUACCCCCCACCCCGUCCCGAUUUUUCAUAUUUGCUGUCCGGUCACCCUAUAGGGCGUCAUCCUGCUGGGUGGAAACAACACAGAGGUUGCCUCUCAGGAGACAACUGUGACAGCUAGAGCUCCUUUCAAAGAAGGAUUCUUUUUGUUGUUAUUUAUUUGUAUAGUUGGUGCCGAGGGCUCGCAGUCAGGGAUCGGGGCCCUGUUUGUGCAAAAGGAAAGACUAUCCCAGUCCAUAUAAGCUUACAUAAUGCAACAGGUGGCCAGACAGACAGGGGAGUGUGGGAGCAAGGUAGCACAGUGUCAUCUGUGCCUCCUCAGCGAUGGCUUUUGGCAGUGACCAGCAGUGAGUUACACCUCCACCCCAAUAUAUCACGAAUUUGGAUAUAACGCAGUAAAGCUGCGCUCUGGAGGGGGAGGGGG